CUUAAAGUGCCGAGCUAAAAAUUCCAGUCGGGGAGGAGAUUUCAAAAUAUAUUUUGGCUGUGAUGACUGUAAUUUCCAGCUGUACACUUUUCAACUGUGACCAAGCAAAAACUGUUAAGAGAUUCUGCGCCACACAUGCCUUGAUGAACUUGCAGACGAUUGAAGACCCAAAAAGGUUCAAACUUGUAUCAGAAGUCAUAGAAUCUAGAGAUUGAGUAGAUCUUUAGCUAAGCCACAUAAACCGAGUAUGGAUUGAAUUUAACAAUAGCAUUGGAAUUGAUAGGUGAGGCGAGCGAGGGCUGGAAAGAGGGACGUCCCUGGCAGCGAGAUGCAUGUGGAUGCGUUGAGUGGAACGGAACAUACUUUUGCUCCUCUGGAAGAAGGAGAGACUUGUAAGGAUUUGAGCGGCUGUCAAGUCUUGUUUCUUCAUUAUCCUUCAUUGAAAUUGCUUCACCGGCAACAGGAUAACGUUUCCAGCCAGACCAGGUGCUUUGCUAAUUUAAAGAGCACUUCUAGCAGGUGGACUCAUCUCAUUCCUGCAGAGUGUGAGAUCAUGAGCUGCAAGCACCAUAAAUGGAUGCUUUUGUUAUGAGUUUCCAUGCUCUCUGGAGCUUAAGCGUCCAGUUGUUGAGGAAUUACAACGGAUGAAGAAUUUGCUCCAGGAUUAUAAGGAGCAUCAGGUGUCAGAAAAUUUGGAAAUCAGCCCCGCAGACAUGGAAUGCCGGGGCAGGGGUCAAGUCGAGCGCGGCCGUGAGACACACCAAAUCCUGCAGGGUACACCUUUAGACCUGAUUGAGACUGGCAAGUCACUGAAAGUUCAGGCAGAGCGUCCCCAUCUGGUCAGUUUGGGAAGUGGACGUUUGAGCACAGCAAUCACUUUACUGCCACUGCAGGAAGGGAGGACCACACUGGGCAGCGGAGGCACAGACAUUGCUCUACAGGGCGCUGGCAUUAAGACUCAACAUUGCUACAUUGAAAACCAGGCUGGGACCAUUACCCUGCAUCCAUGCGGGAACCAAUGCUCCGUAGAUGGACUCCCUAUCAACAAACCUUAUCGUCUGUCUCAAGGCUGUAUGCUGUGUUUUGGUCAGUCAACUUUUUUCCGCUUCAACCAUCCGGAAGAGGCCUUAAGGAUGAAGAACAUGCUGCCUGGAGGAAGCCAUGCUCUUAGUACAUCAAAAGCACAACAAAUUGGUUCUCCAGGCUCCAGUAGCAUCUUGAAUGGGACCCACCAUUCUUUUCCAAGCUCAAAAAUUGGCAACUCUGCAAAGGACUCACAGAAGGUGCCACCGUCCCCCAAAACAGCUCGAACGUCACUUCAUCAGCCCUCUACGUUGAAUGGGAGAAACGGCCCGGCAAAAGAAGAGAACAACAGUUUAGUGGGAAAUGCUCCACUUGUGCCUCCGCGCUCCAACGUUCCUGUGCCCCAUCCGCGGACAUCCCUGUCUGUGACCUCAAGUUGUAAUAACGACGGCCAAAGAGCACAAGGCAGUCCCAUGCUUCUCAGGAAUGUCAGGUCAGAGGUCACAUCAAGCCUCACGCUGCCUAGCAGGGGGUCCGGACAGGGUAUAAGUCACAAUUCUUCACCGGUGGCCACAUCCAGUCCUCGAGUGAGAGGUUCCCCUCUUCAGAGGAGACACCCGAGUCCCAGGCGAGAGCCGCUCCCUACCACCGACAUCCCUCAGAGGCUUCGGACUCCUGAGCCGACGGGAUCCACCAGCAUUCCUCCUCUGAGUCCUUACACGGCCCGCAGAGGGACUCCAGGAUCGCAGAGCUUGACCGUCAAACCCGUCCAGCAGAGCCCAAAGACUCACCGCAAACCUGCAGUUCCCUCUAAGGCUGAGGCCAUGAGGCUUUUGUACGGCCAGAAUCCAUCUCCCGUGACCACCUCGGACACUGGAGGCAGACAUUCAACUAACAGCCUUAUCUCAGGUACUCUGUCUGGCGCGUCUCCUGCCACGAGCCCUCGUUGCCAAAGAAAGACCUGCGAGAACACCAUCGGAUCAUCCAAUAAAGACUGUAAUUUUACGAAACCGUAUUCCCGGGAACGCAAGAACAGCAUAUCAGCCAUCAACGAUAAUGAAGAUGAGCUUUUGGAGUACCACCGCAGGCAGAGAGAGGAGAGGCUACGUGAACAGGAAAUGGAGAAGCUGGAGCGCCAGAGGCUGGAGACCAUCCUCAAUCUGUGCGCGGGAUAUAACCAUGAGGACAGCGCGGCGGAACUGGCGGAGGUAGUAAGGACUGGACUGCUAAGGGGAGGAAGAGGUGCAGGUGGAGAUAUGCAGAAGGGGAAGGAGAACGAUGAGGAGGCCCAGGCGGGGGAGUCCAGCAGCACGGAGAGCACGCAUCAAGAGUGUGAAGAGUUGUCUGCCGGUCAGGAGCACAUUUACCUGGAAGAAGAGAGGGGCAAGAUGUUGGCCAGGGUGGAUGAUCUGAGGCAAAGAGUCAGCGAGCUGGAACAGCAGCUCAAAGAGACCAAACAAGAGGUGGAGAUGGAGCAGGCUCUGUUGCAGGCCGAGAGGCAGGCAGAGCAGGAACAGGAGGAGGCUGAACGGGAGCUUAUUUCUCAGCUCCAGCUCAAACUCAGCCAGUUGAACAAAGCCACCCAGAAAGAGAAGGAGAAGGGGAGGGCUAAUGUCUCGGCAGAGCGGAAGGUCCUGGAAAAGCAGAGGAAUGAGUACAAUGAGCUGAAGAGGCAGUUUGAUAAGUGCCCCUUGUCUCUAAGGGAACAGUUACAGGAGCAGCUCAGCAGGAAAGCUGAAGCUCUGGAAGCUGGCACAAAGCAAUUUGAGGAACUGGAGUUCUGCCAAUUGGAGGAAGAAAGCAGUCUGGAAGAGAGAAAGGAGACCCAGUGCUCGCAGUUUCUUCAGGAGCAAACCGAGUAUCACUGCAGCGUGGCCAAGAGGAAGGAAAAAAUGGCAACUCUGGAUGCUCAGGUGAAGCAACUGGGCUUACAAGCUACUCACGACUGUGAAAGGAUGGCGAAAGAAAGGGCGGCUACUUUACAGCUUUUACAUAAGGAGCAGGACAAAUUAUGCGCCCUGGAGAACCGGUACCAAUCCAUGACAGGUGGCAGAAACUUCCCAAAGAGCAACGGCAAAAUGAAAGAGGAUUUACUCCAUAUCAACGAACCUGACCUUGUUUUUGAUGAUGACCUGUCUCAUAGCCAAUGUCCCUCCUCUACCUUACACAACCCUUCCCCUGAAGUGUACCCCGUUAGGCUACAGGAGGAGUACCUCAGGAUGUCUGAUGUCUAUAAGAUGUAUGGAAAGGCUUUUGUGCACCCUCCCUCUCCUUCUCCUACUGCCCUUGACUGCCUCUCCCUUGCUGGAGCUGACGCUGUGCCAUGUGAGGACUACAUCACGGUCGGGCAGUUACGCCACAUUAUUGGGGUACAGAGAUUUGAUCCUGCCUCUUCCUCAUCAAUUGCAUUAUUCCAAAUCGCUUCUACUGAUUCCGCCUUCACGUGCCACUCAGGUGGCUCUUCCUCCCUUCUCUCUGCAAAGAGCCAGCCUGAGCUGAGCGGGAAUGCAAUGCCACCUAUUAACCUCGAGCGCUGGUACCAGGACAUCAUGGCUGCAGGGGAACCUCGAUCCUGUCCCCCACCGCUGCCCGCAAAAUCUUUUUCUGCACGCAGACACGGGCAGUUGCUGAAGUCUAAAUCAGACGGUGAAGUUGGUCACACGGCACUGUGUCCUCCUGCAAACUGUGUCACAUCUGAGCCUCACUCCACUCUCACACGUGAUAAAACCUCAAAGGGGCUCCAGUUAAUGCUGAAGGAGGCACCAAACCCAUUGGACACGGACUCCAGAAUGGUGAAGAAAGACCCGUCUCCUACAGUACAUCACUCCAUCCUGCAUCAUCAGUGUCCAUCUAGCGGCAACCAAGCGUAUGACACCCUAAGCCUGGAGAGCUCCGACAGUUUGGAGACCAGCAUCUCCACCAGCAAUUCGGCAUGCACACCAGAAAGUGCUUCCGGUUUGGAGACCCAAAGAUUGGAGGAGAUGGAGAAGAUGUUGAAAGAGGCACAGCAGGAGAAAGCAAGGCUAAUUGAGCACAGGGAGAGGGAGGCGCAGACUCGACGGCAUCUGCUGGAGGAGGAGCGGAAGCGGCGCGAGGAGGCCGAGAGGAGGCUCCUGGAUGAGACGGCCCACAGGAGGAGGCUGGUGGAAGAAGAGGUGAAGAUGCGGGAGAAACACUUUUCCCAGGCUCGUCCGAUGACACGCUACCUCCCCAACCUGAAGGAGGAAUUUGACCUGCGUGCUCACGUGGAAUCGUCAGGCCACAGCAUAGACACCUGCCCCUUUGUGAUCCUCACAGAGAAGAUGUGCAAGGGUCACUUGGUCAAGAUGGGCGGCAAAAUCAAAUCGUGGAAAAAACGCUGGUUCGUUUUCGAUCGUCUCAAGAGGAACUUCUGCUACUACGUGGACAAGCAUGAGACGAAACUGAAAGGACUCAUUUACUUCCAGGCCAUUGAGGAGGUUUAUUAUGAUCACCUUCGGAUUGCUACCAAGAGCCCCAACCCGUCUCUGACCUUCUGCGUGAAGACUCACGACCGCCUUUACUACAUGGUGGCGCCUUCCCCGGAGGCCAUGCGGAUCUGGAUGGAUGUCAUAGUAACGGGCGCCGAGGGCUACACGCAAUUCAUGAGCUGAGGGACCUUGCGGAAGGAUGACAGAGGGCGUCAAGCCGGGAAGCAGGCCCGUUGAAGACAGAAGGUGAAAUGGAUGUCACGUUGCGAAAGCCAAGGACGUCGGUGAAGGCCUGGCGAGCCGCUAAAGGCUUUAAGACCUGUUAGAAGUACUCCAAAAGAAUUCAUGAGGGCGUUUGGCUCCGUCUUUACGUUUCCUUAUUGAGACAUUUUAACGCUGUUUUAUAAAAGAACAUUUUAAGAACAUCAGCCUUUUGAUUGCAGUAUCAUUCUUAAUGCUUUCUUUCUUUUUUAAUACAUAUAUAUCUUUUUGUAUUUUUGCUUGUGCUACUUUUAAUCAAUUUAAACCCUACCAACUAAAGGGAAAGUGGUAAAUAUAUAUAACUGUAUAUAUAUUUUUCAAUGUUUCUUAACCAUUUGCAUCUUGCUGCCAAAUAAUUUGUUGUUUAAUCUUUAUAUUGCAGCUUUGAUGUCAGGUGGAUGAAAAAAAUAUGACAAAAUAACAUGUCGGCAUUCUACAUACUAGAAUUUAUAAAUAUGAAAAAUACAGAUUUUAAAGUCUCAUGUAAUCGUAAAUCUUAAAUAUGUUUUAAAAAAAACUUUAAAUAAAAAUAUAUGGUGCUUCAUUUAUGGUCUUUUGUUGCUCUUUUUUACAAACUAGUUGUUUACGAUCAUGUCUCUAUUAAUAACCUAAAGCAAUUUAAUGAGUUCCUUUUAUUCAAGCACACAAAAAUGUAAAUCUCCAUUCCAAUUUCUCGAUUUGCAUAAGAAAAAUGAGGUUAUUUAAUUUGUUAACUGGUUUGUUCCCUCUGCUGUUGUCGAGUUAUUGACCUUGUGAAUUGAAUCAAAGAAGUUCAUAAUUCACUGAUAAGACUUAAAGGAUGCUUUAAGACAAAAGAAACUUCAAUUAAGCUAACGUGCAUGAUUCAAUAGCUAGU